AUUCAUCCCCUCUUCACUCUCCUCCUCCAGCCUUCUCCUCGCCCUUCCACAUCCAAUUGUCCCGUCCAGCACCAUUUCGCGAAGCCGACACAUCUCAUCCGCAGCCAAGAUGGUGCAAUCCUCGGUUCUUGGCUUCCCCCGCAUGGGUGGAAACCGUGAGUUGAAGAAGGCCAACGAGGCCUACUGGGCCGACAAGCUCUCGCGCGCGGACCUGCUCGCCGAGAACAAGAGGCUACGCCUUGCUCACUGGAAGGUCCAGAAGGAUGCCGGCGUCGACAUCAUCCCCAGCAACGACUUCGCGUCGUACGACCACGUCCUCGACCACAUCCAGCUCUUCAACGCCAUUCCGGAGCGAUACUCGAGCCAGGGCCUGGAGCCAAUUGACGAGUACUUCGCCAUGGGCCGUGGCCACCAGAAGAACGGAAUCGACGUUCCCAGCUUGGAAAUGGUCAAGUGGUUCGACUCCAACUACCACUACGUUAAGCCCACCCUCCAAGACAACCAGACUUUCAAGCUCGCUGCCGACCCCAAGCCAGUGCGCGAAUUCCUCGAGGCCAAAGAGGCUGGCAUAAUAACCCGCCCCGUCCUCCUCGGCCCGGUGUCCUUCCUCCACCUUGGCAAGGCUGACCGUGGCUCAACCGUCGACCCCAUCAGCCUUCUUGACAAGCUUGUUCCCGUGUACGUCGAGCUCCUCGAGAAGCUGAAGGCCGCUGGCGCCGAGACCGUCCAGAUCGAUGAGCCCGUGCUCGUCCAAGAUCUGCCCGCUAAGGCCAAGGCUGCCUUCAAGCCCGCUUACGAGAAGCUCGUUGGCGACAAGCUCCCCAAGCUUGUCCUCGCGACAUACUUCGGUGAUAUCGUUCACAACUUCGAUGUCUUCCCGGCGCUCCAGAGCCUCCACGGCAUCCACAUCGACCUUGUCCGCAACCCGGAGCAGCUUGAGGCCGUUCUCGGCCAGCUCGGCCCGAAGCAGGUUCUCUCUGCCGGUGUCGUAGACGGCCGCAACAUCUGGAAGACCAACUUCAAGCGAGCCAUCGAGAUUGUUGAGACUGCCAUCCAGAAGCUCGGCCAGGACCGUGUCAUUGUCGCCACUUCCAGCUCCCUCCUCCACACCCCCCACUCGCUCGACAGCGAGAAGAAGCUCCCGGCUGAAGUCAAGGACUGGUUCUCCUUCGCCGUCCAAAAGACUAGCGAAGUCGUCGUCAUCGCAAAGGCCGCUACCGACGGCGCUGCUGCGGUGCGUGAAGCCCUCGAGGCGAACGCCAAGUCAUGGCAGGCACGCUCUUCGUCUGAGCGCACCAACAACCCUCACGUCAAGGACCGCCAAAGCAAGGUCACUGCCGCCCAGCACGAGCGUCAGUCCGCUUUCCCAGAGCGAUAUGCUCAGCAAAAAAACCACCUCAAGCUUCCUCUGUUCCCUACCACCACCAUCGGCUCAUUCCCCCAGACCAAGGAGAUCCGUAUCCAGCGCAACAAGUUCACCAAGGGUGAGAUCACCGCCGAGCAGUACGAGAAGUUCAUCGAGAAGGAGAUCCAAGACGUCAUCAAGAUCCAGGAUGAGCUCAAGUUGGAUGUCUACGUCCAUGGCGAGCCAGAGCGAAACGACAUGGUUCAAUACUUCGGUGAGAGACUCGACGGCUAUGUCUUCACCACCAACGGCUGGGUGCAGAGCUACGGCUCCCGAUGCGUUCGCCCACCAAUCAUCGUCGGCGACAUCUCUCGUCCCGCCCCGAUGACCGUCAAGGAGUCGAAGUACGCUGCCUCGAUCUCCAGCAAGCCCAUGAAGGGUAUGCUCACUGGCCCAAUCACCUGCCUACGGUGGUCCUUCCCCCGUGACGACGUCCAUCAGUCCGUCCAGGCUCAGCAGCUCGCUCUCGCUCUCCGCGAUGAGGUUGUUGAUCUCGAGGCUGCUGGCAUCUACGUCAUCCAGGUCGACGAGCCUGCUCUUCGUGAGGGUCUUCCCCUCCGUGCCGGCACCGAGCGUGAGAAGUACCUCACAUGGGCUGUCGACUCCUUCAAGCUCUCCACUGCUGGUGUCAAGGACUCCACCCAGAUUCACUCCCAUUUCUGCUACUCCGAGUUCCAAGACUUCUUCCAUGCCAUCGCUGCUCUCGAUGCCGACGUUCUCAGCAUCGAGAACAGCAAGAGCGAUGCGAAGUUGCUCAAGGUCUUCGUCGACAAGGCCUACCCUCGCCACAUCGGCCCUGGUGUCUAUGACAUCCACUCUCCCCGUAUCCCAAGCGAGCAGGAGAUCAAGGACCGCCUCGCAGAGAUGCUGGAGUACCUCAAGCCCGACCAAUUGUGGGUCAACCCCGACUGCGGCCUGAAGACCAGGCAGUGGACGGAGACUAAGGCCGCUCUCACCAACAUGGUGAACGCCGCCAUCUUCUACCGCGAGAAGUAUGCCGAGAAGGCAUAAAGGCAGCAUAUCAACAGCUGCGCGAUUUCUUGAGUAUUAAUGUGUUACGAUAGCUAAAAGUUCAACCUGCAUGAAAAGGACUCAUUGGGGACACCGGGGGCGCAAGCGAUCUCAACAUCGGCGUUCUAUAUGGUGGUCUUCUGUAGUUCUUAUGGGACGGCGAAAUUUCAGGGCUGGGUUUCAGUUUGAAAAGUUCUUCAUUGAACAUUCAACAAUUGGAGAAGACGGGGGGGUUUACAUAUUGAGCAGAGGGACGUGAUUCCUUGCUCAACCUGAUCAUCCAGCGCUCGCCAAUGAUGGAGCUGCUGUGGAUGAUGCGAGGGC